AUGUUCUUGCUCUUGUUGGCUCAGUGCAUUAUAAGCUUUCUUUAUGUUCUUGCUCUUGUGGCCUUUGCUCCUCUUUGUUCUUGCGCCAAGAGUUCUUCUAGAGGUUAUCUCUACCCACAAUUUUAUGACCAUUCAUGCCCAAAUGCUCAACAGAUUGUCAAAUCCGUUGUAGCUAAGGCUGUUGCUGAAGAAGCUCGCAUGGCAGCCUCAUUACUUAGGCUUCAUUUUCAUGACUGUUUUGUCAAGGGUUGUGAUGCAUCGAUAUUGUUAGACAACAGUGGAAGCAUAAUUAGUGAGAAGAGGUCUAAUCCAAACAGAAACUCAGCAAGAGGAUUUGAAGUGAUUGAUGAAAUUAAAUCUGCACUUGAAAAAGAGUGUCCUAAAACUGUGUCUUGUGCUGAUAUUUUGGCCUUGGCUGCUAGAGACUCCACUGUUCUUACUGGAGGGCCCACUUGGAAAGUUCCUUUGGGAAGAAGAGACUCGAAAGGAGCAAGCUUGAGUGGAUCUAACAAUAGAGACUCUAAAGGAGCAAGCUUGAGUGGAUCUAACAAUAACAUUCCUGCUCCAAAUAACACAUUUCAAACUAUUCUUACUAAAUUCAAGCUUCAGGGUCUUGAUAUUGUUGAUCUCGUAGCUCUAUCUGGAAGCCACACAAUAGGAAAUGCUAGAUGCACCUAAAGGCAAUUGCUCUAGUUGAUGAUUUCAGAAUUGCAGGUUUGGACGUUGAUUGGCUGCAGGAAAGGUUGAAUGACAUGUUGGACGCGAAACAAUUGAUUGGACAGUCUUCAACCUUAAAGGAGAGGAUUGAUAAAAGUAAUCAAGUCAUCAAGGAGAAGAAGAGAGAGUUACAAGUUUAUGAACCACAACUAUCGUGCUUCGAGAAAAAGUGAAUUUAACAAAGAAGAAACUGGCUGCAGGACAAGCUGAGGUUGAAACUAUACGAGAAAAAAUCUCAAACACUAAAGGCUAAAGUGAGAUACUUUGUUGAUCAUUCACCAUUUGAUGGCCUCUUCUGAUUUAUAUAUUUUCCCUUAUAUGCACACUAGUAAAACAGAGAUAUUCCAUACUUAUCUACUCUGAGAUGAACUUGAAAUGCACUUCUAUUUUGGAAUAUUUCUAUUAACAAGUUAUUUUUGAGACCUUUUCUGGAACCGUGUAGAACAUAAAUUUGAAGGAUUAAGAUUUUUCUAGCCAAAGGAAUUUUGCUAUGCUAGUGUAAAUUUUAUGUU